AUGGCGUCUGGUCCAAACUCUUUACCUAUCGAGUUAGUACAGUUGAUUCUAAAUCACUUUAUGCGCAAGAUGCCAUUCCAUCCUUCAAAUGAAUCGAAUUCUGCCGAUGUUUUUUAUCUCGACUUCAGGUCUAUCAAAUGCCUACUUAAUUUACGUUGGCUUGGCAGAUCUUGGGCUGUUGCAAUCUUACCAUUGGCCUAUCGUUCAAUGUGGCUGUACAAGUCGACAAACACUCGUAAUUUGGUUAUGAUGUGGAAGAAUCCGACGCCGAUGCCUAGCAUGUUCUAUUUAGAGCGUCUGUGCUUAGAUAAUGUCCAAUUCUUGCCUGAUCAUAUUGGAAGCGGAUCAAACCCAACAAUUCAAUCGACAUAUCAAACUCAGGCCGACUUGAAUACUCCAGCUCGCUCCGAUUACAUUAUUCAAAUGCAUGUGGCAGCGGAUCUGAUUGCUUUGUGCAGUUCGACUCUGAUCGAUUUGAAACUUUCAUACGUAGAUGCGGUUGGCUUUUCCAAGCAAUUAGUAGAUGCAGUGACGGGAGUAGCAAAACUCAAGAUAUUGAUUUUAGACGGUAGCAAUGAGCAAGACACUCAAAACGACUGUGAUUCCUUGUGUGAAGUGCUCAAUUCGAUGGUCAAAUGCUCUUGGCCUUGCUUUAUCUCGGAUGCCUUGCCUUUUGAAGUGUAUGCUGAGGUGUUCCCACAGCUCCGGAUGAUACGUGCCCUCAAUUUUGACCCCGAAAAUUGCAGUCUCUCUUGGUUAUUAUGGCGUAUAUUUGACUUCAUGGAAGUCUUCAUCACCGAUUAUCACAACGGAGGUUAUUAUUGGCGCAAAGCGUUGAAGCCUCCCGACGUUCCCUGGUUCCAAAAACCUCGCCAUUUCAAGUACAUAAUAUUCACAACAUGCCAUGGCUCAAAUCAGACGGAUCCGAAAUUGGUAAAACUUUGUACCAAAUACGGCUUGCAGUGUAUUUUCAGAAACGAGCUAUCAAUGUCGGAACUAUUUGCAAUUGUUAGUGGUUGUCUAUUGGUGGCCUGUUGA